CAACGCGGAAGAGCGUGAUCUGGGGCUGUUAAAUCGUGUGGGGUCACAGUGAAAUCGUUAAAGGUACCGGUAUGUCUGUUCGUAAUAUCUCCAAAGAGGCUCUGGCUGGAUCCAUCACACUGGGAGUUGUUUUUGUCGCCGGCUAUUUCUUUGGGAAAAAAAAAUCUUCCACAAUGAGCAUCUCCAAAAGUCACUGCGGGGGAAAAGACAACCCUCUGUUGCAGUACGUCCUCAAUCACUCCAUGAGGGAGCAUCCGGUCCUGAAAAGCCUCAGACUGAGGACAAUGGAAGACUCCUGGAGCAUCAUGAUGGUCGCUUGUGAGCAGUCGCAGCUCAUGGCCAACCUGGCAAGACUAAUAAAAGCCAAGAAAGCAUUAGAGAUUGGAGUAUACACAGGUUACAACACGCUGAACAUGGCACUGGCUUUGCCUGAUGAUGGAGUUUUGGUGGCAUGUGACAUCAGUGAAGAGUACACCAACAUUGGCAAACCCUUCUGGAAAGAGGCUGGAGUCGAGCAUAAAAUUGAUCUACGCAUACAGCCAGCAUUGAAAACUCUAGAUGAUUUGUUGUCUGCUAGCCAGGCUGAAACGUUCGACUUUGUCUUCAUUGACGCAGACAAAGUUAACUAUGACAGCUACUACGAAAAGUCCCUGCAACUGUUGAGGAAAGGGGGUAUCAUUGCUGUCGACAAUGUCCUCUGGGGUGGAAAGGUCAUCAAUCCAGCCCCUGACGACCAAGACACCGUGGCCAUUGACAAGCUGAACAAGAAGUUGCACCGAGACACUCGAAUCAACCUGAGCAUGCUCACAGUGGGAGAUGGGGUCACACUGGCGAUCAAACUAUAAGACAAAGUGUCUGACAGAAGUUUCAGAUGUCAUUCUGAAAAUUAUAGAACGCUGUAUUUUUAAGUAAUUUUCAAUCCAGUUUAAUUACAUCAGUGAAAAACUUAAUCAUAGUUCAUUUUACUGUUAUGAGACAAAGUGCUGCAUUUGAAUAAAAUAGUGAUUGACUUUGAUUAAAAAAAAACAACUGUACACACCUUUGUUUUU